CUCUCUGACGGGUGCACAACGCAUUGCCCAGACCAGAUCCACUCAGCAAUCCAUCAUGAGCUUGAAACGCAAAGCUGCCGCCGCGGCCACGGACGCGUCCAAGAAGCCCAAGCAGAACGGCAGCAUCACGGCCUUCUUCAGCGCGCCAAAGCCAGACCCCAAUGCACCGCCAAAGCAGAUCGCCGCCGCUGCCAAGUUCGACAGAGACGCGUGGGUUGCCAAACUCACCGACGACCAGAAGGAGCUUCUGAAACUCGAAAUCGACACGCUGCACGAGAGUUGGCUUCCGCAUCUCAAGGAUGUACUCGUCACGCCACAGUUUUUGGAAUUGAAGCGCUUCCUCAAGAAGGAGCUGGACAGCGGAAAGGCCGUGUAUCCGCCAAUGAAAGAUGUCUACUCAUGGUCCCGGCACACACCGCUCAACACAGUCAAGGUCGUCAUAACUGGCCAGGACCCCUACCACGGUCCCAACCAAGCCCAUGGUCUCUGCUUCUCUAUUCGCCCACCAAACCCUGCCCCGCCUUCGCUCCAAAACAUUUACAAAGCCCUCAAAAAGGAGUACCCAGACUACAAGCCGCCGCCAAACCGAGGCGGACUUUUGACCCCUUGGGCCGACCGUGGUGUAUUGCUCAUCAAUACCUGCUUGACUGUACGCAAGGGUGAAGCAAACUCACACUCCGGCAAAGGCUGGGAGGUGCUCAUGCAGAAGGUUAUCGACACUGUAGCCAAAGUCCGGUCGAAUGGUGUCGUCUUCCUGGCGUGGGGAUCCCCUGCCCAGAAGAGAACACAGGGCAUCCCACAGGACAAGCAUCUUGUGCUCAAGAGUGUGCAUCCCAGCCCACUGAGUGCAGCGCGGGGAUUUUUUGACUGCGGACAUUUUACAAAGUGUAACGAAUGGCUUGUUCAGCGAUAUGGCAAGGAUGGUGGUAUUGAUUGGGAUCUUAAUGUUGACCCUGAGAAAGCAGGCGUCUAGGAGGGAAACGCCGCUCUAUCACCAUUGUGUUGGAUUGGAUAACAACUUCUCUUCUCUUCUCGGUAGGGUAUGGUUCGGCGUAUGGGUAAAAUGUAGCUUGAGCGUGCAUGCAAUUCUGUCUAUCCUGGGAUGAUCAGCUGCGAUGCAGUGAGCAGUUCUGGGCCGAGCGUUCGAAGCAGAACAAUGACGUGGUAUUUUGAUAGCAGUUCUGGUGUGAAGGUUUCUGCGUCUUCCGUGGCAUGCAGUGUCACUGAGGGGUGGGCUGUCACAAGGUACUGGAAUAGGCGGAGGCCAGCGGGGAUAGAGGUAUGGCGGUAGGAUGUGGUUUUGGAGAAGAUGAGGAUAUGUAGGGGUUGCUGGUGGUGGACAUUUUUGGUGUUGGGGUAGUUUAAUCCUAGAGAAAGGCAGUUGUAUAUACAUGUAUUGGUG